ACUUGAUGACCCUCUGAAUUGUUGUCAGCUCCUUCGAUGUCACUUGCUUCAAGGAUAUCGCUGGCAAGCACUCUGUGCGCAGUCAGCGCCGCUAGCGGAGCGCCUGCAGCGAUUCCGGGAGCGACAGCAGCGUUACAACAGCAGCGUUGAUAUCAACGACAACGACAACGACUUGUUAUCAGCUGAACAAAUAGACGUAACCGUUGCCAAUUUGCAUGGGCAGAGCAGCAAUUACAAUUGCCAAGCCGCAGUUGCUGCCGUUGAUGUUGCAGUUGCAGUUGAUGCCAUCACACGUGGUUCGAGCGACGUUUUAGAGCAAUCCCAGGUCCAGUCACAGUUUGGUGACCCAGACGAGAAGCAGGAGGCUGGCGUUGCCACACGACGACGUGUGCUCAUCAAGCGUCGCAUUGUCCGCUCCAAACGCCUACGUUCACCAGCUCCUGAACCCGUCAGCAGAAAGUUGGUCAGCCCAGAGCAGAAAACUCAGCUUGGUUGGCUGUCAAGACUGCGGAAUUUCAGUAGCAACACACAAAGUCCAAUAGAGACGCUCAUUGCGAGCAAUAGGAAAGUCAAUUCCCAGCCCAAUUCCCUGCCCAAUUCGGAUUCCAGUCGUAAUCCCAUUAUGGCCGUCCUGCGUACUAUGAAGCUUAAGGAGCGCCUGGCUAUUAGCCUCGGUGCAACUCUCGUCCUGCUCACCCUGCUGCUCAUUGUCGAUGUGCAAAUGGAUUUCGGUGUUGCCAAUCGACAUCUGUUGCAGCAACAGCAACAGCAGCAGCAACAUCAAAAGCUGCGAUUCGCUGGCAACAGCAACAACGAUUACAACGAUGUUGGCACAGCAGGUGGAAAUGGAGGUGGAUUGUUGCACGAAUUCAAGCGCAAGUUCCUACAGAAGAGCAACUCUUCUGGUUCCAAGGAGGCGUCCACUCAGGCUCAGGCAUCGGGUGGACAAAAUGGUGGCACCACCAGCGGCCAAGAUGCUGUGGUUGCGGGUGCCACACUCUCCACACGAAAGCCAACACCACAUGAUCGUUAUGUGGAUCUGCAGAAGCUGCUGCUCAGCGAUGAAUAUCUUCAUGUCAUCAUGGAUAAUGCUCCAGAUGUGUCCGUGAAUAAUCCAACUCUUGGCGAGAUGCUGCAUCGACAAGUCGGAGUAAACGCCAGCAAUUUGGAGCGCUUCCAACUGCGCAUUACGAAGAAGGAGCUGUAUGGCGAACAGGAUACACUGGUCGAUGCGGUGCUACGUGACAUGAUCAAGCUGCCAAUCGAGCAUGUGGUGCAAAAAGAAGGUGGAACGCAGUUGAAGCUGAUUAUUGAGUAUCCCAAUGACGUGAAGGCUCUAAUGAAGCCAAUGCGGUUUCCGAGGGACCAGCAAACGUUGCCCAAUCAUUUCUACUUCACGGACUAUGAGCGUCACAAUGCCGAGAUUGCAGCCUUCCAUUUGGACAGAGUGUUGGGCUUUCGACGGGCAAUGCCUGUGGCAGGUCGCACGCUGAACAUAACGACGGAAAUAUAUCAAAAGGCCGACGAAAAUUUAUUGAAGACAUUCUUUGUUUCGCCAUCGCUUAAUUUAUGUUUCCAUGGCAAGUGCUCGUACUAUUGUGACACCUCGCAUGCCAUUUGUGGCAACCCUGACCUGCUCGAGGGUUCAUUUGCCGCCUUUCUGCCCAGUCUGGACUCAUCGAAUCGCAAGGGACGAAAGCUCUGGCGACAUCCUUGGCGACGCUCCUAUCACAAGCGAAAGAAGGCUCAAUGGGAGACAGAUGCCAAUUAUUGUGCUCUGGUACGCGAUAUUCCGCCCUACGAUGAGGGCCGUCGUUUACUGGACCUUAUGGACAUGGCUGUAUUUGAUUUUCUUACCGGCAACAUGGAUCGUCAUCAUUAUGAGACAUUCAAAAUCUACGGCAAUGAGACAUUUCCCCUACACUUGGACCAUGGGCGUGGCUUUGGGCGUCCCUAUCACGAUGAGCUCUCCAUAUUGGCGCCAGUGCUGCAAUGCUGCCUGAUACGCAAGACGACGCUCAUCAAGCUGCUGGAAUUCCACAAUGGACCCAAGCCGCUGUCACAGGUGAUGGGCGAGUCCUUGAGCAAUGAUCCCGUCAGUCCGGUGCUGUGGCAGCCUCAUCUGGAGGCGCUCGAUCGUCGAGUCGGCAUCAUUCUGCAGAGUAUACGGGAUUGCAUUAAACGGAAUCCACCCGGCGAACUGGACGCAUCCGAGGCGGACAUGUCGUCAUAGCGCUAGGCCACAAAUGAAGUGAAAUACACAACAUAGAGUUAGAGUCUAAAGUUAGCAAUUAAUUGAGUGUGUCUUGUGGACUGUCUAGAAGUAAGCGUUGAAAUCGUUACAGGGACCUUUGAAAAAGGUCACUCUGCCCAGCGAUAUCCUUGCAGCUCUGUCUGCGCAUACCAAAAACAAAGCAAAAGAAGGAAAGAAUGAAAGGAAGAGGAGAAACCAAAACAGAACAACAAAUAAGACAAAACUAGCAAACAAAUCAUUGUUGUAUGUAUAUUGUGUGCAUUUCUUGGUUCAUUUUCUGAUUCAAUGUUAAAUACCUUUACACACACAAACACACACAUAUUCCUGAGCAGCUAAAUUGUGUAAUACUUAUACUACACACACACACGACAGUGGGUGCCAAAAGCACAGUUACAUACAUACAUACAUACUUACUUGAAUUGAUACAAAGUAUAAACGAAAUUAUGCAUUGCAUUCGAGUGAAACUUCUUCAAAAGACUAUAAGUAACAACAACUAUUUGCUAAAUAUUUAUUUAUAAUUGUUUCAUUUUACAACAUUUUACAACAACAAACAUGUGUAUUUAUAAUAUGUAAAUUUAAUGCAAAAUGCAAAACAAAAACUCCCCCAAUAACAAACAAACAACAAUUGUUGCAAAUUUAGUUGAUAAGCGAUACACAACUAUAUCGAUCGAUAUCAGACGUAGCUUUAUCAGAGUGCAUACCACUGUGCCCACCCCCUUAACCCAUUCCCUCUACGAGUGUUAUUGGGUUAAGGUUAUUGGGGGUUGGUCACAUGUUGUGUUUUUUUUUGUUUGUCUUAUUUAGUUAGUCGAAUUAGUUCCAACGUGAAAAAAACGAUGUACUUCAAAGGUUAUCAAACUACUGUUAACAAUUACAACUAAUUACUAUAAUUAUUAUUAUUAUUAUUGACCAUAAAUAUAGUUAAUUUCGUUUGUUUUUACGAGUAAUGUAUUGUACAUUUUUGAAUCGUACCUAAUGUAGUUGAAUCGGACAAUUGUUUGUUAAUCAAUUCAAAAGAGCAACAAGAAAUGUAACAAAAGCAAAAACAAGAUGAAAAACAAAUUAUGUUAGAAGUAGCAACAAUUUUAGUGAAAAUUUCUGAAACAUUGAAUAAAAAAUACCAAAGAAAUGUAA